AUGUCUUCCACUGAUGCUGACCAGCUGCUGGACGACUUUCUCCAAUCGGUCGAGGGCGUCCACGAGGCCAUCUCGCCGCUGCUCGGCGUGUCGCCACUCAUCCGGUCCGAGGCCCUCAGCACGCAGACUGGCCUGGAGGUUUUCCUCAAGUGCGAGAACCAGAUGCCCGCCACCAUGAAGCCCGCCACCAAGUUCUUCGACCUGAAGCUCAUCGAGGUCCUCCCCUGGGUCGCCCGCAAGCUCAACCCCAACACCUCUUGCAACUCCCUGAAGGCCAUCGUCAGCAACCCCAACCGCUUCAGCACCAUGCGCCCCUUCUACGGCUUCAUCUUCACCACUCUGGCCUUCGGCUACUGGCUCGGCCAUGACCACCACGAGAAGAACGCCAUCUACCACUAA